GCAGGGAAGGGCGUGUAUUGGGAGAAGCAGUGGAAAAAUUACAAUGAGUCAACAAGGUUGAAUUUAGGUCUCCUCACAAGGGAAGCCUCGUUUAUUAAGCAACUUGAUCUCUCCCUGUGAGAUCAUAUGUGAAAAACAGGUUGAGCCAUGCAGGAGGGUGUUGCCCCAUGGAAUUUGUAGAUAAGGAUGCUUUAUACCUGCGUGUGCCUGAGAGGCCAGUUACAUUCUGCGGCUUCCAGAGGGAACGAGCCUCCAGAGGAGUACAGUUAUUCCAUUUUUCUUGUGACCCAGGUAACACUACUGACACUGCAAUGGCAUGGUGGAAGGCCUGGAGUGAAGCAGAGGGCAGGUCCGUGGCAGGUGCUUUAAAUUUUAACGCUGCACCUGAUGCUCAGACUCUGUACAAGGCCAUGAAAGGGCUGGGGACUGAUGAACAAGCUAUAAUUGAUGUCCUAACCAAGAGGAGCAAUCUGCAGCGUCAAGAGAUUGCCAAAUCCUUCAAAGCACAGUUUGGAAAGGAUCUGAUUGAAAGCCUGAAGUCUGAAUUGAGUGGCAACUUUGAGAGGCUCAUUGUAGCUCUCAUGUACUCCCCAUUCAAGUAUGAUGCCAAGGAGCUCUAUGAUGCCAUGAAGGGUGUGGGAACAAGGGAAAGUGUUAUCAUAGAGAUCCUGGCAUCUCGGACAAAAGCGCAGAUCAAGGAGAUAAUCAAGGCGUACAAAGAAGAUUACGGUUCUGAUCUGGAACAAGACAUAAAAUCGGAAACGAGCGGCUACUUAGAGCAGAUUCUGGUUUGCCUUCUGCAGGGUGAGAGGGACAAUGCCACCCUCUAUGUGGACACAGCCCUGGCUCUUCAGGAUGCAGAGACUCUCUAUGCUGCUGGAGAGAAGAUACGGGGCACUGAUGAGAUACAGUUCAUCACCAUCUUGUGCAAAAGGAGUGCCACACACCUAAUGAAAGUGUUUGAAGAAUACCAGAAACUGGCUGGUAAGAGCAUAGAAGACUCUAUCAAGAGUGAAACUCGUGGUUCACUUGAGGAUGCCAUGCUGGCUAUUGUGAAAUGCACCAGGAACAUCCAUUGCUACUUUGCAGAGAGGCUGUACAAUGCUUUAAAGGGGGCUGGCACCGAUGAUGGGACUCUGAUAAGGGUGCUUGUUUCUCAAAGUGAAGUUGACCUAAAUCUUAUAAAGCCUGAAUUCAAGCGCAUUGCAGGAAAGUCUCUCUCCAGUAUGAUUUUGGAGGAUACCAGCGGCGAUUACAAGACAGCCUUGAUCAAUCUCUGUGGCAGUGACUGACGGACUCUAGGAGGAUGUUGAAAAGGAUACAGAGAGAAGAUUAACAGUGAACAAGGGUCUGAAAAUGUACUUGUAGAAAAUCUUUCCAUUGAUCCAAGUGGGGGGGAAAGAAGAUCAAAUUAAUGGCUGAGAUAUCCAAAGCUCUCUGAAGGAUGUGGAUGCCCAUUACACACUGAAUGCUAUUCACUUCCCAAACAGUUUUUCAAACACAAGGGGGAAGGUUAAUUUCUUGUUUCCAUUUUGUUCUUUGCAGUUUUCCUUCUAUUUUAACUCAUGGUGAAGGAUGGCACUUUGGCAUGGAAUUAAAGGUUCUUUUAAACCCUCUAUAGCUGUUUCACAAGUCUGAACAACCCUACAAAGCCUGGGCUGCCCUGAAGCCGUGCUGAUUUCACCAGGACCAGCUGGUAGAGCGGGGCUGUUUGGUGCUUGAAGGAUGGGUCUGGAAGGAGU